GUGAGAUAACCUAAAACUAAUAUCCAUUUUGGUCGUUUAUACAUACUGAUAAAGUGUGUAUUAGGCUUGGUACGCAAAGCAUAAUAUUUAUUAGUAUUAUUGACAAUAUUAUUAUAUCAUUAUCGUAUAUAUAAUACUCCGUAUGUCAUUAUACUCUCAGUAGUCCAAGAUACAUUUUUGUGACUUAAUUUCUAGUUUAUUUUACUAGCUUUUUGUGCGAGAAAAAGCGACACAGAGUGUGUAGUUAUACGUCUCUACAAGAACCGAUACUUUACUGGAUAAAAGUAUUAAUUUUCUAUGAGAAAUUUUGUUUUUUUUUGUAUAAUUAAGAUAUAUUUUGCUUUUAAAUUUGCACACUUUGUUUUACAUUUUAUUUACAGGCCUUGUUAUUUUGACAAAGUCUAGAAUGGGUCCGGGUCUACCCGACCCGGUUCCGAGACCCGUUGGGUAUGGGUCUGGGUCCAAAUUUCCAGACCCGCUGGGUAAACGGGUCGGGUCCGGAUCCAUUUUUAACUUAGCGGGUCCGGGUCUGGAACACUACGUUCCGGCCCGGACCCGACCCAUUGACAGGCCUACCUGAUGCUCACCAGGAAGAUCAAUGAGGCCGAGGAGCGGAUAUACACUAUCACCACCGCCUCUCGACCGGAACGCAUACUGAAGAUCGGGACCCAGCUCCCCCAAGAUAUCCGAAGGGACAUACUCUCCGUCCUGAGAGCGUACGCCAUCGUUGUAACACCGUCCCCAAAUAUAUUUACUUUUAUGUAAAUAAUGUAUCGAACCUUAUUAAAGGAUUAAUGAAUUUACGAAGUUGUAAAUUUUUAUUAUUUCUUUCGCGUGAAUAGUAAAUUGCACGUGGGACCCACAUCGGGAGCGGGGACCACCCAACUUUCCCGAGACCACAUAUUUUAUUCAUCUUGGUCAAGAUAAUAUUUAUAUGGUGGUGGAUAUUUUACUUGGGUCGUGGAAAGGCCUUGUGUUGGCCGAUUGGGCAAAAGAGGCCCAAAUACCGGUACCGACAAUUUAACAGACUUGAGCCCGAAAAUGAAUUUCGGAGACUUCUAAAUUAAAGUUUUGGAAUAUAUAUUAUUUCAAAGGGGCGUUACGAUUGGGAACACGUAAUAUAUUUUAUUGGACCCGAUAAAAUAAAAUAUAUUUAAAACAGUCCGAAAAAUACAACUUUCGGGACCGAUUGUACACAUCGGGACACAAAGGGAUGACCUCCCACAUGAGUGGGGGCCACCCCACGUUUUUGUGUGCUCAACAAGACCCAUGUAGGCUGGAAUGACAAAUUAAUAUGUGGAGGAGGACCAUUUGGCAUCUAUAGUACCAAGAAGGACCCCUCACCCUCUCUUAUUGUCAUUUGAGACAAAAAGGGUGUGCCCUCUCUCACCCCUAUCAUUGAGCUCGACCAAAGCAUCAAGAAAGGAAGAGGAAAAGCUCCCAAGACCACCUCCAUUGUUGCAGCACGAGCUCAAGAGGUUUUGGUCCAAAGAAGGAGGUUUGAGAAGGAAAAAGUUAGGAAAAAGUGUGAAUACUUAAGGCACUUGUAAAGGGUAUUUCAAGUGUUUUCACAAAGUUGGAAGAGUCGCCGGAAUUGUCGCCGGAGUUGACCAAAAGUCGCCGGAGUUUCACCGGAGUUCAACCAAGAAGGGUAGAACUUCAUAACGCUAGUUCAAGGUUGAAGCUAGGGCUUGCUACUUGCACCUUCUCACGGGUGAUAUCAAAUCAGGAAGACGUGGUUCGUGCUUCCUUAUUUUCUUUCAAACUACCGAACACUUGCUCAUGGAUAUUUGUUCUACUAUAAACUAUUUUUGGGGCUUGCAUGCCCAUGUUGUUGGCCGGUUGUGGCUUAUGACUUACCAUUGAAUAUUUCCGCUAUUCAUUGGUUUAAAUGUGAUGUUGUUAUGUAUGUUUACUACUGAGUAUGGAUGGAUUGUUUUCUCGAACGCCUUGUGUAAUUAAGAGGGGUUGACUCGCGGGUGACGUCACUUAAUUAUGCGGCGGUUGUACACGCGCUUGGAUUGCGGUCUGGGGCGUGACAAUUAAGUGGUAUCAGAGCCAUCUCAGUUCUAAACUAUAUAAUCAACCUCUCACAAAAGAUUUUACAAAAGAGUUCUUACCGAAAACCAUGAGCAUUGUAUUUUGACGUUUAUAGGACUAUUGGUGCUCAAGUUGCAAGGCCUCUAAUUGUUAAGACGGUACCCUUAACAAUUGGUAUGGUGGUGACUUGGGUCGAUACGUGUCUAUAACGUUUUUCCGUCAAUUGUAAUUCAUAGGAGUCUAAAGACUCGUCCAAAUUCCGUUUCAGAAAUGGAGGGUAAGCGAAUGGCAACAAGAAAUGACCCUAAGGGACAAGCGUCGGUAGCUUACCUUGAGGCUAGCCGGGCUGUGUCACGAGCCUUUACGGGGAGAGGAAUAGGCCAUGGGGGCCGUGAGGGCCGCCAAGCGGCAAACGCUAAUCAAGUGGGCUCGAUGUGUAACAUGAACACCAGGAGGAACGAACGUAGGCGUCAGGCGAGGCGAGAUCGGGCCACCUCCCAACGUGAUAUGACUGUCAGCCAAACCCAUCCUUGGGCAAACGACCAAGGAGGAGAAAGCACUCUUACGGCACCGGCAUCACCGGUGAAAAAGAAAAGGAACUCAAAGUGGCACACGUCCUUUCCUUACUCCUUAAGACCAUCCAAAUGUUCUAAUUGCUCUAAGAAACAUUUUGGAAAGUGCAACGAGCCCCCGAUGUGCUACAAAUGUGGGAGCACAACCCAUAUGAAAUUAAGUUGCCCAUGGAGGAGGCAACGAGAGACAUUGCAAGCCGAGGAAGGGCUCACCGUGGAAGGAAACCAUACGGAACCAACGAUGAGCAACGCUACGUCCGUCAAUCAAGGCGGGGCCCAAGCAAGGGUCUACGCAAUGACCGAGGCGGAUGCGAGAGCAAACCCGGACUCCGUUGCAGGUUGAAGCUAGGGCUUGCUACUUGCACCUUCUCACGGGUGAUAUCAAAUCAGGAAGACGUGGUUCGUGCUUCCUUAUUUUCUUUCAAACUACCGAACACUUGCUCAUGGAUAUUUGUUCUACUAUAAACUAUUUUUGGGGCUUGCAUGCCCAUGUUGUUGGCCGGUUGUGGCUUAUGACUUACCAUUGAAUAUUUCCGCUAUUCAUUGGUUUAAAUGUGAUGUUGUUAUGUAUGUUUACUACUGAGUAUGGAUGGAUUGUUUUCUCGAACGCCUUGUGUAAUUAAGAGGGGUUGACUCGCGGGUGACGUCACUUAAUUAUGCGGCGGUUGUACACGCGCUUGGAUUGCGGUCUGGGGCGUGACAAUCGUCUUCGCAUGGGGACCAGAGGACAUAUAUACCGGGCAUCAGCCCAAAGGUAAUCACGCAUCGGCUCUCAGUCGAUCCGACAUCCUCCCCCAUCAAACAGAAGAAGCGCUACCUCUCGGCCGACAGGAGGGAGUUCGUCAAGACCGAAGUGGCCAUGCUGCUAUCCAUUAGACACAUCAGAGAGGUGAAGUACCCCACGUGGUUGGCGAACGUCGUCCUCGCACAAAAGCCGCCCACGUUCAGGAUGUGCGUCGAUUAUACCGACCUGAACAAGGCGUGCCCAAUGGACCCGUUCCCUCUCCUUAACAUUGAUCAGUUGGUGGACGAGACGGCGGGGUGCGAGUUGAUGUCGUUCCUUGACGCGUUCAGAGGGUACCACCAGAUAUCAAUGCAUGAAGAUGACGCGGAGAAAACUGCUUUCAUGACCCCGGAGGGAAUCUUUUGCUACAUCGUCAUGGCCUUUGGGCUCAAAAAUUCCGGCGCCACUUAUACAAGAAUGGUAGCCCGGGUUUUUAGAGCAGUCUUAGGCCGGACGAUGGAAGCAUACGUCGAUGAUAUGAUCGUCAAGAGCAAACAAUCCACAACUCAUGCCGACGACCUCCGGGACAUCUUCGAGAUCAUGAAGAGAUACAACCUCUGGCUCAACCCAAAGAAAUGCACCUUCGGCGUCCAGGGAAGUAAAUUCCUGGGAUACCUAUUCAGCCGAAGGGGCAUUGAAGUGAACCCAGAGAAGAUACAAGCCAUCAUCAACAUGGAGCCACCCCGCAACAUAAAAGAGGUACAACGGCUGACGGGACGCCUCGCGGCCCUGAACCGUUUUCUCUCAAAAUCUGCUGAGAAGUCUCUUCCCUUUUUCCAAAUAAUGCGGAAGGACACCAGCUUCAAAUGGACGACGGAGUGCCAACGAGCCUUUGAGGAGCUAAAACAAUAUCUCGCCUCCCCACCCGUCCUAUCCAAGCCCCAACCCGGCGAGACUCUCUUCCUUUACUUAGGAGUGAGCACGUCGGCCAUCAGCUCCGUACUCAUCAGGGAGGAUGACGGGGUACAAAAGGCAAUAUUCUACGUCAGCAAGACGCUACGGGAGGCCGAGCUCAGGUACUCCCCCAUUGAGAAGACGGUGCUGGCCAUCAUCCACACGGUGAAGAAGCUUGGACACUAUUUCCAGGCUCACCCCGUGCACGUCCUCACGCAUCAGCCGCUGGGUGCCCUCAUGAGGAGCCCAACCAGCUCUCCAAGGAUGAUCAAAUGGGCAAUAUUCUUGAGCCAGUACCAGAUUGAGAUCAAGCCGAGGCCAUCCAUCAAGGGGAAAGCCUUGGCUGACUUCGUCACCGAAUGCACGGCAAGGGAGACGGCCAUAACCACCACAGGAGCUGAACCAGACGAAGCCUGGACCCUUUACACAGAUGGGUCCUCAGCUACCAAAGCUUGUGGAGGCGGCGUCUUCCUCAUCUCCCCAGAAGGAUUCAGAGCAUACUACGCCAUCCGCUUCAACUUCAAGGUGUCCAACAAUGAGGCCGAGUAUGAAGCGCUCCUCAGCGGGCUCAGACUAGCCGCUGGCCUCAAAGCACGCCACAUCAGAAUCAAAUGCGACUCCAAACUCGUUGUGAACCAGAUGGACGGUUCGUACGAGGCCAAAGAAGGAAGGAUGAGGCAAUACAAGGAGGCGGCUGCGGAAUUACUCAAGACGUUCGCUACCUACUAGAUCACUCAGAUCCCAAGGGCGGAGAACGCCGAGGCCGACACACUCUCCAAACUCAGCUCCGACACCCCUGAGCACAUCUCCAAGAUAGCUAAGGUGGAGGAGUUGAGCAUGUCGAGCAUUCACGCCAGCCCCAUACUCUCCAUACAACACCAGCCAGAGGAUUGGAUCACUGACAUCGCAACCUACAUCACCUCCGGCACACUACCUGAAGACGAGGAAAGGGCCAAACUCGCCAAACUCAGGGCGCCAAGCUAUGUCAUUGAGGGUGACAAGCUAUACAAGAGAUCAUACAAUGGCACCCUCCUCCGGUGCCUCCACUAGAAUGAGGCCGAAGUGGCCAUGGAAGAAGUUCACUGCGGCGUGUGCU